AUGUUAAGGCAUUUAGGUAGAAUUUUGAACAGUACUGCUGACUAUUAAUCAUUAAGCGAUACUACAACAACUUUAUCUCCUGGUCAAACUUAUGUUUAUUAUAAUUACACUGAAUCUAUAUCAACAACUCCUUCACCAACCUCAACUCAAAGCAAACAAAUUACAACUUAAGUUAUUUCAUAAUAAUAAUAUAACCUCACAAGUACUUUUUCAAACUCCUCUCAAAAUUCUUAAAAUCAAACAGCAUAAUACUAAUCUCAAGGGUAAAAUCCAACUCAAUACUAUUUAUUCACAACUACUCCAGCCCCAUCAAUGACCACAACUAAAAUUACUCAAAGGACAACUACUUCUACCACUACCACCACGAAAACUUCUACCUCUACUACAACUAAAGCUCCUUAAAUUGAUAAAAAUUAUUAAGUUUCGGUAAACCUAAAUACCUACCAGACUAAUACUUAGAACUCAAAUGUGUACAAUAAGACAAUUAAAAUGGAAAAUAAAAAUGAAAUAGACUUGUCUAUCAUCCAACCCUUUGUCAUAUCAGCAGGGGCUUUAAUAAUUUCGUUGAUGAUUUUGGCUAUUUUUAUUAAACUUUACAGAGUAUACAUUAGUAAAAAUAAAAUUAAUCCUCAUCAUGCUCUUGCUUCGAAUUAAGAUUCACCUGUAAUCAAUACUAAUGGUUAAUAUUCAGUAAACUAGACAGAUGCGGUUGACAGAUAAUAAGAAGUUAAUUAACCUUAGAGAGACAACUUUUUUAGAGAAGUUAUCAGGAACAGAUCAGGUGACUCAUUUUAAUUUAGUGCAGAUCAGUAUUAGUAAUUAAGAGUUUAGUAAUAACUAGAGAAUCAGAUUAUAAAUAGAUCUAACAAUCACAAUUAGGUUUAAAGAUUUAAUAAUAGAUUGCCACCCUCUGGUUGGAUCUUACCAGUAAAUGAGCAAUAGACGAGACCCUCUUCUGUUUAAUAAGGUGAAUACGAAGGCAUGAAUCCAAAUUAAGUGAUGUAACUGGUUAAUAAUCUAGUUUUUGAAAGCUAUAAUAGACAAGCUCAAAAUGAUUAUAGAUAAUUUCCAAUUCAAAGAAAUAUAAGGCGUUCUCAUAAUCAAAAUAGUCUCCAUAAUAUCUAAUACCUCGGACCUCAGGGUAGAAAUAAUGAUUAGCUUUUGAAUGACAUCGCGCUUAGUGAUUUUUCAUAUUCCGAUAAUGAAGAUUCAGCAAGAGUCAAUACUCUCAAUUAAGAAGGCAUGAUAAUCAAGCCGGUAAGUCUUCCCAAGAGGAAGUAAAGGAAAUUAGAUAGAGUAAUGGAUUUAUUUACAGUUAAGGGUAAAUUUGACAAAGGAUUCGCCGAAUUCGGUGAAAGCAACUGUUCUAUUUGCUUUGAUGAUUAUGAAACUAACAAUAUUAUUAGAAAAAUUAGCCGAUGUGGCCAUCUUUUUCAUAAUGUGUGUCUUGAAAAUUGGGUUGCAAAAAAUAUAAGAGAACCAAGAUGCCCUCUCUGUAACCUAAAUAUUAUGGAGGAUGAAGAUCAAAAUAAUUGA